CAGGACAGCUCUGUCAGAGCUGUAGGGGAGUCAAUGGGUGUUGCAAAGGUUGGGAUCUCGCCGCCCAAGCCAGAGCCUCUGCAGGCAUGCUAGAUGGGAAUUGAGCCAUACAAUAAUACCAAUGGGUUGCCCCGGCUGAACUUUGCGGCCGAAGGCGAUAAGUCACGCCUGCCAUCAAGAAAGCCGAGCGAGUCGCGGAACUGCGUUCGCCAGGGCAGUGUGUUCAACUGUUGCGGGCGCUCCGGAUCGCACAAAGUGCCCAGUGAAUAAAGGCGCAAGCGCUUUCGGUACUUUGGGCUCUUUCCUGCGCUUGACUCGCCCCCUGAAACUUUAAUAUUUUUGUGCAGCUACGUUCUUUGCGAAAAGAUGUCAGGUUCGCCGACACAAAAGUGCUUUAUGUAUCAUCGAUGAUUCGACGGGGCGGUCCAUCGCGCCGAUGUCGGAAAUAGACCCAGCCCGCACUAGCGUGUUCAUUGUUUCGCUGUUAUACACACUAUCCGAUACGCUUAUCUAGGCAAGCUGUAUAGAUAAUAACUGUUGAAUUGAAACACCGACAGCAAUGAAGGGAGUCGCGACCGCGAGGUCGGCCACGGACCGGGGCACGGUGGGGAGAUGCCUACCGCGUCCUCCUGUGGCCCGUAUGAUGCGCAGUAUCGCGCUGACAGCGUCAAGGGGCGGCCCUCGGGCGGCAGCCCCGCAGCAGUUGGCGAUGGCCUCCAAGCUCCCCCGGCCCCAGCGCGCUACCGUGAACCGGCGACAGGCGCUGAAGGUCCAGGCGGUGUUUGAGCGCUUCACCGAGCGUUCCAUCAAAACUGUGAUGAUUGCACAGGCGGAAGCGAAGGCGUUCGGGCACACGGAGGUCAACACUGAGCACAUCCUGCUGGGCCUGGUCGCGGAGGAGAGCCUCAGCAAGAACGGCUACUUGAACAGCGGGGUCUCAUCGGAGCGCGCCAAGGCAGCUGUGGAGGCGUUGUUUGGCCGCAAGCGCCCCGUGAGCCAUGGCGAGAGCAUUCCCUUCAGCCGUGAAGUUCGCAAGAUGUUCGAGAACGCCACACACGAGUGCAAGCGCUCCAACGUCAACUGGAUCUCGCCCGAGCACAUCCUGCUGGCGAUGCUGUCGAUGCCGGACUGCAACGGCAAGCGCGUCCUGCACUCGUUGUCGGCUGACGUGGAGGGCCUGAAGGCCGAGGCGGGCAAGCGGCUGAAGGGCGACACGGACGCCGAGCAGGCCAAGAAGAAGCAGGGCGCCGCCGCCAAGGAGCAGGGCCCCAAGAUGACGGAGGAGUACUGCAAGGACCUGUGCGCCGAGGUGCGCGCCGGCCGCAUUGACCCGGUGGUGGGUCGCGACCGCGAGGUGGGCCGCGUGUGCCAGAUCCUGGCCCGCCGCACCAAGAACAACCCCAUCCUGCUGGGCGAGCCGGGCGUGGGCAAGACCGCCAUUGCGGAGGGGCUGGCGGCGGCCAUUGUGCACCGGGCGGCCAGCGUGGACGGCAGCCCGCUGCCCGAGUUCCUGCACAGCAAGCGCAUCCUGCAGCUGGACGUGGGGCUGCUCAUCGCCGGCGCCAAGGAGCGCGGCGAGCUGGAGAGCCGCGUCACAAAGCUGAUCGCCGAGAUCCGUGAGGCCGGCAACAUCAUCCUCAUGAUCGACGAGAUCCACACGCUGGUGGGCGCCGGCUCUGUGGGCCGCGGCGGCGGCGGCGGACUGGACAUUGCCAACCUGGUCAAGCCGGCCCUGGCGCGUGGCGAGUUCCAGGUGAUUGGCGCCACCACGCUGGACGAGCACCGCAAGUACAUUGAGCGCGACGCCGCCCUGGAGCGCCGCUUCCAGCCCGUGACCGUGGACGAGCCCACCCCGGAGGCCACACUCACCAUACUGCAGGGCCUGAAGGAGCGCUACGAGCGGCACCACCGCUGCGCCUACACGGAGGAGGCGCUGGCGGCGGCGGUGGCGCUGUCGCACAAGUACAUCGCCGACCGCUUCCUGCCCGACAAGGCCAUCGACCUGAUUGACGAGGCGGGCAGCCGGGCGCGCAUCGCCGCAUACACCGCCCGACAGAACCAGGCGCGCGCCGGCGCCGGCGGCCGCCAGCAGCAGCUGACCAUGGCGCCGGGCGGCGCCGGCGGUGGCUCGGGCUCGGGCUCGGGGUCCUCCACGCCCACGCCCGCCUCUCUGGCCGCCAGCGCUGCCGCCGCCGGCCGCGACCACCCCAAGCUGCACGAGUACCUGCAGGUGCUGGCCACCAAGGACGAGGCGGUCAAGGACGGGCUGUACGAGGAGGCGGUCAUCCUGCGCCGCCGCGAGGUGGACUACCGUGCCGAGCUGGCGGGUCCCUCCUGCGAGGGCUCUGUGCUGCCGGUGGUGGGCGUGGAGGACAUCGAGGCCAUUGUGGCGGCAUGGACGUCCAUACCCGUGGAGCGCAUGAGCGACGGCGAGAAGGAGCGCCUGCUCAACAUGCGCCACACGCUGGCCUCGCACGUGGUGGGCCAGGCGGACGCGGUGGAGGCGAUCAGCACCGCCCUGUGCCGCGCGAGGUGCGGGCUCAAGGACCCGCGGCGGCCGGUGGCGGCGCUGCUGUUCGUGGGGCCCACAGGCGUGGGCAAGACCGAGCUGGCCAAGGUCCUGUCGGAGCAGUACUACGGCUCUCGCGAGGCGCUGCUGCGGCUGGACAUGUCCGAGUACAUGGAGCGACACAGCGUCAGCAAGCUGGUGGGCGCGCCGCCAGGCUACGUGGGCUUUGGCGACGGCGGCAAGCUGACCGAGGCCAUCCGGCGCCGGCCCUUCUCGGUGGUGCUGUUUGACGAGAUCGAGAAGGCGCACCCCGACGUCUUCUCCAUCCUGCUGCAGAUCCUGGAGGACGGCAGGCUCACGGACUCGCAGGGCCGUGUGGUGUCGUUCAAGAACGCCAUGAUCAUCCUGACCUCCAACGUGGGCAGCCGACUCAUCGCGGCAGCCGGCAACGCCGCCCGCAACGGCGCCGGCGUGUUCAGCCGCCCGGGCAUGGGCGCCGGGCCCACAGACGAGAAGCUGCAGGCGGCGCAGGCCUUCAAGCUGAAGCAGGAGGUGCUGGGCGAGGUGCGCGGCUUCUUCGCGCCCGAGCUGCUCAACCGUUUUGACGAGACGGUGGUGUUCCAGCGCCUGCGCCGCGAGGACGUGGCGCACAUUGCGCAGCUGCUCCUGGCGCAGACGAUUGCUCGCGCUGGCGAGCGCGGUCUGGGCCUGCGCAUUGCGCCGGCGCUGAUGGAGCACAUUGUGGCUGAGGGCCACUCGGACGAGUACGGCGCGCGGCCGCUGAGGCAGGCCAUCGUCAGGCUGGUGGACGACCCUCUGUCUGACGCUGUGCUGCACCGCAAGUUCGGAGCCGGCGUGGCUCUGGUGCUGGGCCUCAACAGCGACGGCGCCGUCACCGUGCGCACCGAGGCCGAGGAGGCGGAGGCGGCGGCGGCCGAGGCGGGCGACGACCUGGAGCAGCAGCACCGCCGCCUGGCCAAAGCCACCCUGGCGCAGCACCCCAGCGGCGUGGACGGCGGCAUCCUGGUGUCUGUGGGCGCGGACGCCGACCACGGCAGCGGCAGCGCCAGCGGCAGCGAGGGCGGCAGCAACGGGGAGCGGUCGAUGUCGCGCGAGCGGGUGGUGCUCACAGCCACCUUCGAGGAGAACUGAGGAAGGGGACUGGAGGAAGUGGUGAGGGGGGCGAUGAAGCCUGCCUGGUGCGGAGGAGAGGGCUCUGGACACAUCGGGCGGAGGCGUCCAAGAGGUUGGAGUAGCGCUGGGCAGCAGGGCAACGCAGCGCUACGGGCUACGGGCUGAGCGUGCUAUGGGGGGUCGUCCCGCCGCGCGGCGGGGCGGGCAGCAGGAGGCGUGAGGAAGAAACGGCAGUGCAACGGUCGCACGUACUACACAUGAUGGGGUUUGACGACGAGGAGGGAGCAGCAGCAGCAUACCCGCGCGGGCCGGGGUUGACGCACGACACUUCAAGCAAGUGCGAGGAGAUAUCUGAUUGGGGCGAGGGGCCCCAGCACAUAAGGGGUGUACGGUAAUCGGCGAGAAGCAUGUGCAGUAGGUCUUUGUACAGCCUGACGGUGUGACCCACGGGACCGCCAGUACAGCAACGGUGUGCGUGUGUAUGCAGUAUGUCGGGCGGCGUGUUGUACACUUGAUCACGUGUGUGCUUUGUACGGCAGGCGCGGCGGCGUGAGGCCCCCAUGUUGCCACCCCGCUGCAGGCCCACUGACUUGGCAGUGGGGCGCGCCACCCGCCCGCCAGCACGUGCAUGUGUGCUCAGCCUGUGGCUACACGCAUUUGAUUCCUCGCUCGGCGCUAUUUGCUUCUGCAAUUUGAUGUUGGUGUAUGAUUGUGUGCAAUUCCGUGCAAUGCACACAAGAGUCUGUGUCGUGCGCGGCAAGGGGCCAGGCGCCGUCGGCUGUUGGGUGCCGUGCGCCGACGGAAGCCCGUAGCCUCUGUCGAUGGCCUCUGGUGUGGUGACUGGCAACGAAGUUUCACGUGACGCUUUACAGCGUUGGGGACAGGCCCCAAACCAAGGCCGCGGUAAUUGCGCGGUGGUUUCUAGUAUCGAUGUGACACGUGUCGGGCUUGGGAGACCAUUGACCUAGCUCGGGUUGCAACUUUUGCUCAGGACAGGAAGUGAACUUGCACCAGGAUACGAUGGCCUUGGUCAUGAGUACGAAGGCGUGAGGCUGACGACGGGGCGCGCGCGGCUUUGCCUGUCCGGAGGUUGCAGGCUCGGUUUGCUGAGCCGGCGUGGCUACUGGGAGACGGAACUUGUGUGCGUGUAGGACACGCGCGUUCACGUGUGUCUUGGCUCGUUUAUGUUCGGGGCUGUUGUGGCACAUCAACACGUUUGUGACUGUGAUGUUUCUAUGUGUGGCUUUGCACGGCGGUUGGGCUCGUGGUGAUUGAGCCCGGCACGCGGUGCAGGCGGUCGUAGCUAGGCAGGUGCACGCAUCCUGUACAGGACUUGGGGCCGUGGGCCUGAUGUGAUGCGCACAACUACUGGGGGCGGUACGAAGAAGUUAAGAGACACAUGGAGUCUAGCCGGCGGCAGAUGUUGGGGUGCCAAGGUAGUUGGGGCAACAAGGGGCGUGAUGCAUGUUUCGUGAUAGUUGGUGAUGAUGGUCUGCUUCACAACGUUGCUUGUCGUUGUUUGGUUUGUGGUGGUUUGUCGCGAUUCAUUGCGCAAGGGGGAACCGACACUAGCGGCGCCGCAGGGUGUCCUUGAGCGGCGCUGGGUUCCCCAUUGCGGCACAGGGCAGAGCCGCGCCCGACCGGCACAGCUGCCUCCGCCGCCUGCGCAGCGCUGAUGUGGAUUACCGGCGGGCGCGGUGCGGACGGGGGGAGGUGUGGCGGGCGCUGGUGCAUGGAGCUGCUGCCUCGAUGUGGGUUGUAGUCGGAGGGGCGCCAAGCUGCUGUGUCGGAGCACAAGACAUUGGGGUGCCGGCACAGGCACUGGCCUGCAUAGUACUCCCCAGGGAUAUCGGCUGCCAAGCGGACUAGGGGCCAUUCAACACUGGUGUCAGCACACAAUUGUGCGGUGUACUUGUUCCUGCUGUAAUAUAAUAAAGUCGU